GUUCCUCAAGCUGAGGACAAGGUUCGUCAAGGUGAGAACAAGGUUCCUCACGCUGAGUGCAAGGUUCGUCACGCCGAGUACAGGGUUCCUCUAGCUGAGGACAAGGUUCCCAACGCUCAGGACAAGUUUCCUAACGCCGAGGAGAAGGUUCCUCACGCUCAGCAUAAGGUUCCUCACGCUGAUGACAAGGUUCCUCAAGCUGAGUACAAGGUUCCUCACGCCGAGCACAAGCUUCGUCGCGCUGACCAGAAGGUUCCUCACGCUCAGAACAAGGUUCCUCAUGCUGAGGAGAAGGUUCCUUACGCUGAGGUCUAGGUUCCUCACGCUGAUGACAAGGUUCCUCACGCUGAGGACAAGGUUCCUCACGCUGAGGACAAGGUUCUUCACGCUGAGGACAAGGUUCCUCACGUCGAGGACAAGGUUCCUCACGCCGAGGACAAGGUUCCUCACGCCGAGCACAAGGUUCCUCACGCUUAGGGGAAGGUUCCUCACGCCGAGCACAAGGUUCCUCACACUGAGGAGAAUGUUCCUCGCGCUGAGGAGAAGGCUCCUCACGCUGAGGACAAGGUUCCUCACGCUGAGAAGAAGGUUCUUCACGCUGAGGACACAAGGUUCCUCACGCUGAGGACAAGGUUGCUCACGCUGGGGACAAAGUUCCUCACGCUGAGGACAAGGUUCCCCACGCUGAGGACAAGGUUCCUCACGCUGAGGACAAGGUUCCUAACGCUGAAGACAAGGUUCCUCACGCUGAGGACAACGUGCCUCACGUUUUGGACAAGGUACCUCACGCUGAGGACAAGGUUCCUCACGCUGAGGACAAGGUUCCUCACGCUGAGGACAAGGUUACUCACGCUGAGGACAAGGUUCCUAACGCUGAAGAGAAGGUUCCUAACGCUAAGGACAAGGUUCCUCACGCUUAGGACAGGGUUCCUCAAGCUGAGGACAAGGUUCCUCACGUUGAAGACAGGUUCCUCACGCUGACGACAAGGUUCCUCACGCUCAGGAUAAUGUUCCUCACGGUGAGUACAAGGUUCCUCACGCUGAGGACAAGCUUCCUAACGCUGAGGACAAGGUUUCUCACGUUGAAGACAAGUUUCGUCACGUUGAGGACAGUGUUCCUCACGCCGAGGACAAGGUUCCUCACGCUGAGGAGAAGUUCCUCACGCUGAGCACAAGGUUCCUCACGUUGAGGACAAGGUUCCUGACGCCGAGGACAAGGUUCCUCACGCCGAGCAGAAGGUUCCUCACGCUUAGGAGAAGGUUCCUCACG